AUGGACCGACGUUCUCCUCUUCUCGUCUACAGGGAACCGUUUCUUCCUGACGUGUUCGGGGCCCUGUACAUAUCAGAGGUCCAGAAGGAAGAUGCCCUGUCCACCUACCGCUGCAUCACCAAGCACAAAUACAGUGGAGAGACUCGCCAGAGCAAUGGAGCCAGGCUGUCAGUUAUGGACCCUACGGAGUCCACCCCCUCAGUGUUGGACAGUUUCCAGUCCGGCGAGGUCCAAGUGGGACGUAAUGUGGAGCUUCCCUGCAUCGCCUCGGGCUACCCCAACCCCACCAUCCGCUGGCUGAAGGACGGGCGCCCGCUGCCUGCCGACUCGCGCUGGACGCGCCGCCUCACGGGCCUGACGGUCAGCGACCUGCGUCUGGGCGACAGCGGCAACUACAUCUGCGAGGUCACCAACAGCUUCGGCUCUAAAGAGGUGACCGGUCAUCUCAACGUCAUCGCUUCGCCGCAGACCCUCUCUGAGAUGAGUUUGAUCCUGAUCUCCUGGGACACCUCGCUCCCCUUCCUGCCCGCUCCACUCCGGUCCUCUCGGAGCCCCUGCCGAGCGUGGCCCUG